AUGACUCAAGCUAAAAACUACAUUGCCCUUGAACGUCCUGUCCUACCACAGCCAAUGAGAGGAAGGCGAACUUUGUGGGCCUUGAAGUUUACAGUGAAGAUACUCACACCCCAUGCCCGUUUAUCUUGCUCGCAAAGAGGACCUGUAUUGCAGCAAGCAGGAUGGGGACCCGCCAUUUCGAGCUCUCAUGAGCGGUUCGUGAAGGGGAAUACGACCCUUAUUCGUCCAAAACUAACACCAGAGUUGCAACUAAACCUCAUAACUCCAAAGUCAUCAAUGUGGACCUGGGGUGAAUACGAGCUGGAUAACAGUGGGAUUGGCAUUCCUUAUUGGGCUGUCUACUGGCCAGGUGGACAAGCCCUUACAAAGCAUAUCCUCGCAACACCUUCUCUGGUUAGGAACAAAGUCAUUCUCGACCUGGGUUCUGGCUGUGGCUCAGUUUGUGCUGCAGCCCUCCUUAACGGUGCAAAACUGGCUAUUGCGAAUGACGUUGAUCCUUACGCAUUAGCAGCGUCAAAAGUGAAUGUAAUUUCCAAUCUUGGUUCUGCUAAAAGCCUUAUAUUGGAUUCCAGAAAUUGCUUGACCCCAUCACCCGCUGUAUUUGAAGGUGUAGACAUAGCUUGGAUAGGAGACAUGUUUUAUGACUCAGAUAUGUCAUUGUCUGUCCGUCGUUGGAUCAAAGAGGCACGGAACAUGGGCAUGGAAGUCUUCGUUGGAGAUCCAGGACGUCAUGCGUUUUCAGACGAAAUGUUGGACACUGGCAGCAAAACUGUGGAAAUCGGGGACCUCGUAUUGGAUAAGGUUGGAGAGUACGAGAUGGUUAAGGAGACAACGGAGUAUCUUGAGGAAAAUGCAUUUACCACUGGUGUGGUUUGGAGGGUAGCCUGAUUCUUAAAACCUAUUUACUCUUCUUUGGCAUUUCAGAAGAUUUGUUAAUGCCAUGUAGAAGAAGGGACGUGAUGUUGGUGGUCCACCUAUGGACAACAAAUAGAGCACAAAGCGAGGAUAUACAUAUUGGCAAAUAACCGUGUCAAUAGAAACGGGGCCAUUUUAUUUUAAUGGACUGAAUAAUACCCUAAUAUCCCUAACCCACCA